AUGCCUAAUCUCAAAGAACCUUUGAUGGAAGAUCUGGACAUCCUUCUUGACCUGGUUGCAAGUAUUUCAGAUUAUGACGAGCCUCAAGUCCGGGAAAUUCUUGAAGGCCUUGACUUACUUGAUUACAGGAAGCGGCCUAUUUCUGAAGCGACAGAUUCGGUAGCUUGUGCACUUUGGAGCAGGCCUGAUUGCCAAAGACGCAGACGACUGGAGCUCAAGGGCUUAUCUUCCAUAAAAAUUGCAAAAGUUCUCGGCCGGCAGCAUUACUGCAAGUCAAGUCGCGUACUAUACCGGUGCUCGUGUUGUAUAAAUACAUACUCUACAUGGGGUGCCGCUGCUGAUCACUGGCAGAUGAGACACAAUGGUCCAAAGCAUCAAGCUGUUUGUGGGUGGAAAACUAUCGACGUAAUGGCAAGUGAAACUACUCGCGUUUGGCUCUACUUCCUUCAACACCUGUUGAGCUUGAAGCGCCAGGAAGUUUCUAAUUUGAUAAGGGCGUAUCAUCGACGAGAUCCGCCUCGCCAUUAUGACACAAGAAGUCUCAAGAUGUAUUUGUUCCAGCACCUGAGGCAAUCUCAUAAACUUCUAGAGGCUUCUGAAUGCUCACCAUGGCAGCAAUCGCCCGAGGAGUGGCAUGAUUUAGGCGUAAAUGGAGGCUCAACUACAAAAGAAGACUUCCUUGUAAUUAUGAACUCCAUAAGAACAGGCGAGUCGCUGAAAGGUCGGAAGCUUCUCGUCUGGGAUCCUGACCUAUUUGACGAUGCCCAUCGCGACUUUUACCGGUUACAGGUUAACACAAGAGAAUCCAAAUGGGUACGACUAGAAGCCGAACAGGGCUCUAUGUCAUUGAAUCGCGUCUUUUAUGAUCAAACUACAUCGACGUGUGCUAAGACAUCCAGUGGCCACUGUGCCCCGACGCCUCAUUUUGCCUCGACCACCUCAAUAUACGCUGAGUUGGAAGAAAUCCCCACAAUGAGUGAUAAUGACAGCCGCAAAAUACAUGAAUCAGAUAGUGACGGCUCCAGCGAAGUUAGUUCGAUAGCGGGCAGUGACACUGAGCUUCCCUAUGGCGCCGGCUAUGCGUGGCGCAGUGCUCGGCAAGCUCGACUCAAGACCAAGCCUAGUCGCUAUAGAUUAGGCCUCUAG